GACAUUCCUAUAUCAGUUCAUGUUCACUUCAAACACAACUUCAAAGACUGUGAUUCAUCAUUAAAAUUGGUUCAAAAUGCCUCCGGGUACUUCUAAACCCAAAUCAAUAAUACCGAAAACACCUGGGAAGAGAUUGGUAAAGCGUGAUGUUGAAGUUAAUGAUGAUUUAGAAGAUUGGAAGAAGGCUAAACAGCUCUUGAAACCGAAGGAUCAAUUGGAACUGACUGAUGUCGAACUCAAAGAAAUAAUAACAAGACUACUAUCGACCACCAACCCUCAAACUCCCGAAGGACUGGUAGAAUUCAAUUAUGCACAAGGCGAAUUUGUAUCAUUACCUCCGCAAGGUAAUUUGGUGGUGGUAUAUGAAUCUCAAGGAACUAUUCUUCACAAAGACUCGGAAGAAGCGCACCAGCAAAUGAUAGAACAGGGCAUCGACCCUGCAACAUUCCAAUCAGAACUUUCCAUAGAGAACUUGGAAGAAGAUCAUGGACACUCAGAAGCGGUAUCCGAAGAAACAAAGGAGGCACAAGAUGAUGAACAGAAAGAAGAAGAGCCGAAGGAAGAAGACGAAGAAGCUGAAAAGGCAGAUGAGAAGCAUGAAGAUGAAGAAGAAGGCGAGGGCGAAGGAGAAGCUGAGGUCAAAACAGAAAGCGCCAAGCCCCCAGCCAAAGGUGGAAAACCCAGAAAGCUAACAAAUCAGUUUAAUUUUUGUGAGAGAGCUGCUCUUACGUAUAACAAUCCUACAAGGGGUCAGGAAACUCAAACCAUUCCUCCUCCCAUGGCCACCUUUUCAGCGAAUGUUCUCCAGUGGAUCAUCUACGACGGAUACCAACAAGACUACGAAGCGCAGCUACUGGAAAAAGAACUGGAAAGAGAAAGGAAAGAAAAAGACAAAAUGUCUGUAGGCAGACCAGUACCGAUUAAAAAGGUUUCUGGGCGAACGCAGUUGAGUGAAGCUGUGCAAGGGAGAGUUUCAGAAUGUUGGAAAGUUUUGGAGAGGAUGAUCAAUCAGAAUACUUACGACGAUAUUGCCAAAGUGGACUACAUUAAGCCAUUACCAGAUGGAGCAGUUUGCCUCUUCACUUUAAAAAAUCCUUCAUUUCCGGACUACAUCUGCAUGACUGAUUCUGCUGUCAUGUGUGCUGAUACGCAUCCCAAAUAUCCAUAUAUGGUCGUAAUUGGGUUAUACGACGGCAGCGUACAAGUAUUCAACGUCCAAGCUACUUGUGUAGAACCAGCGUACAGAAGCAACAACGUGACAAACAAACAUAGAGGUAUAGUUUGGGAGGUAAAAUGGGCACCCGAUUUGCCCGAUGGAGAACUCAACUUUUUUUCUGUUGCUGCAGAUGGAAAAAUCAAUAAUUGGGUGCUGAUGCAAAAUGAUUUAGCAGUGACUACUAUCAUCACUCUUUAUUUGGCAAAAGAUGCCGUACCCGGACCUGAUGGAACGUUAUUAAAAGUGAAAG